CUUCUCGUAAGCAAUCUCCCAACUCAUCUCUGUUCUCGACCUGCAAUAUGUUAUGAUAUGAGUGUUACACGAUUAUUUGAGUUAUUUCACGUGAUUACGUGGACGUUUUCGAAGGAAAAUGAAGCCAACUGGGCAUUAGGUACUCGCAGACUGCAAGUCCGAACGUAUGCGCAUUUAACUGAUUUGUGGCUUGUUUUGCGUGAAGACUCGCGCCUUUGGAGCUUUCAAUGUUCUCAGUGAAUCUUAUGAAGUAUUGAAACUGAAGGUCUUUUCGUUUUGGUUUUCUGUAUUUUUGGUUUAACUUUUGAGGACUGUCUUAACUUUAAUAAAGUUAUAAUGUCUGGAUCUUCGGUGGACGAAGAAGUUCGGUCACCCGAUAUCUUUUCCGAUUCAGGAAGCACAGCGAAUACGUCUAAUACCUUGGAGGAAUCUGCAAUGUCUGUGGAUUGUAAUGAACCGGAGCCAACGACGGAUGUACCCGAAUGGAAAGGAAUUAGUAUGGAUGAUAUUUAUAAAGGAUUUGGACCAUUUGGUUGUCAACAACAUCCAUCAAUUUCUCCUUCUUCGACACACGUUGUGUUAAUACAACUACCAUUACCUACACGUGGGCUACCAAAACCAUAUCCUUUUCAGCAAAAAGAUAAGUGGUGUCAGGGUUAUGUGCGAAUGCCUCAUUCUGCCCAUAGUCUUUAUCCUGUAGCUCAAGCUAAUGGAAGCAAUGCAUUUCGUUCCCGAUGGGAAGUAAUUCAAGAGGCAUUACUUCAAAACUUUGUUUCCGUCUCUCAAAUGGAAGCUGCCAUUCUAUCGUACAAUAAUAAAUAUGUUCAGCGGUGGGAUUUUGCAGCAUUGCGUCAUUUCUUCUCACAGGUUGUAGAUGAAGAGGAGGCUACUCAUUUUUUCAAGGAAUUAUUCCCAAAAAUCGUACAACUUGCUUUACAACUUCCUACAUUGGUGACUGGAGCCAUUCCUCUUUUAAAAAGACACACAAAUGGGUCCAUCAGUCUCAGUCAAAUUCAGGCAGCUUCCCUCCUUGCCAAUGCAUUUUUGUGCACCUUCCCUAGACGCAAUUCAACCAAUCCGCAAUCAGAAUAUGCAAAAUAUCCAUAUAUCAAUUUCAAUAGAUUAUUUUCAGCUUUUCGAGAAGGAAGAUACAAUUCAUCUAAAUGUGUGAUGGAGAAAUUAAAAUGCAUCUUUCACUACUUCAGGAGGGUAACAUCCAAAGCACCAGAAGGUAUUAUAACUAUACAACGACGUUAUAUUCCGAAAGAAGAAUGUCCUAGAUGGGAUCAACAGGAGUGCAAAUUACCACUAUUGCAUAUAACCAGUAAAGGAACCAUUGAGACCGAAGGUGCAGGUCUCUUACAAGUGGACUUCGCAAAUAAGUAUGUAGGUGGUGGAGUUUUAGGAACUGGUUGUGUUCAAGAGGAAAUACGUUUUGUAAUAUGUCCAGAAUUGAUGGUAACAAUGUUGGUUACUGAAGCUUUGGAUGAUACCGAAGCUCUUAUUGUAACUGGAGUGGAACGAUACAGUAAAUAUAAAGGCUACAGUAGUAAUUUUGAAUGGGCUGGUGAUUUUGUUGAUGAAACUCCAAAAGACAGUAGCGGACGUAGGAAAACGUCAGUCGUCGCUAUAGAUGCUUUGUACUUCAAACAUCCACAUAUUCAGUAUAAUACGAGUAACAUAAUACGAGAAUUGAAUAAGGCAUAUGUGGGCUUCAGUUGCUCCGAAAUGCACUCGGACAAUUUACCUGCCAUAGCUACUGGUAAUUGGGGUUGUGGCGCUUUUCAUGGAAGUCCCCAAUUAAAGGUAUUAUUGCAACUAAUGGCUGCUGCUGUUGCUGGUCGACCUAUGGUGUACUUUACUUUCGGAGAUAUGGGUCUCAGAGAUAAUGUGGCUGCAAUGUAUUGGCAUUUGAUUGAAAAUAAUAUAGAUGUUGGUCGUUUAUUCCAACUACUAUCUCAAUACCGUAGAUCUUCGGCAGAAAAUCAUCCGGAUUUUUACCGUUUCUUAUAUAACAGGAGCAAAAUGAAACCUAUAACAGAAUAUUUAAAAAAAACAGAUCAGGUUGACUUAAAGGACCAAUUGCCACAAAAAGGUCCUACAAAAACCAUUGUCUCUGAAAAAAGUGUAACGCUGUGGGCCUCAAGGGCAAAACAAGCAGAAGACAAAAAACAAGAAAUGUUGGAAAAGUGGUUAGAAGAAAUUGAAGAUGACAGCACAGAAUGUAAUACAACAAAUAAUGUAAAACAACAAAAUCAAAGUUCUACAGAUAAUCAGGGUAUAAUAGACUUAAAGGAACAUACCCAAUCGUUAGACAAUACUCAAAAAAGUCACGCUAACGGCACUCAUAAAAAACAAACUGGUGAUCAUAAAAAUAAAUUUUCUUCGUCAAAGGAAACUAAGAAAUCUUUCUUUUGGGAUGACGAUGAAGAAGAGAAGAUCCAGAAAAAAAGUGACAAACCAGAUGGACUUGAUAUUUUCGAUACCUUGAAAUGGAUGACUGAAAAAGAAAUAUCAAAAACUGACAGUAAAAGUAACGUGCCAGAAACAACUAAUAUAGUAGAUAAAAUUAGUUUGCCAAAUGAAAAAGAAACUUCCUGUUCUAAAACUGAAAAGGAAGAGCAAAACAAACUACAAGAACUUCAUUUUUCUCCCACAAGGGCAGAGCUUCAUGAAAACAAAGUCAUGCAACAAACAUCAGUUAACACACCCAGUAAAAACGGUGAUACCAAGAAGUCACAUUCUGCCACAAUUAAUUCCCAAAAAUGUAUAGACGUUAAACGUUCUCAAAAAUCAAGCCAACGAAAGAUUUCUGACUUCUUCGGACCAGUCAGGGAAAAAUCGUAACCUCUGUACAAAAGUAACCCUACAUCCUCUUGCACAUUUUGUAAAUAUACAUGUAUACGUAUAUCCACUGUUGUAAUAAAUUUAUUGAAGAAAUCGAAGUUGUUUGCGUAUCAUAUAAGCUUUAAAAAAAUACGGAUAUUUCGAUGUCUACAAAAACAAAAGUAAUACAGUUUUAUUAAAAUAACUUAUUUCCCUCUAGACUCUGA